AUGAUUCUGAAUUUGAAGUCGUUCGUAUUAGCUAAAGUCUCCUACCAUCAAAGUUACAAAAUUCUUCCUAUCUAUUCCGGAAUAUUCCAGAAAACUGAUGUCAGCACAGUUCAACUGCUUUACGAUAUUUUCUCAUCAACAGCACUCUCCUCUCCUAGGAGCACCAUAGUGAAGAAUCUAGCUGUAGGCCAUUCGAUGCCUUUCAUACGGACAGUUGACAAAGAAUCUGUGGGAAAUUGUUUAGUCGCCACGCGACAUAUGAGCACCAUCAGCAGUAUUGAUGGCCAAACAGGCGAGAUCCUCUGGACACUGGGUGGUUACUUUUAUGAGUUCACAGAUCUAUUUAAUACUGGUACCACUCAAUUUUCUCCUGCAUCGGAUAGAGAAGGACUGGUCAUCUUACUGGACAUAUCUGCACACGAGGCCAUCCUCUUGACUAGCUACUCCGAUGCCAAGAAAGUACUAGCCGCCUCACAAGGGAACAUGCGAAUAGUCGCAUUUAUCGAAUUCGCGGCUAGAGGCAAGAUACUGUGCGAUGCUCACUUUGGAGCCUCUACAUGCUUCAGCUUUGGACGCAUUGUGUCCUACCGCACAUUUAAUUGA